CCGUCGCACGCUAAUAUCAUAAAACGUUAGUUGUCGUUUAACAUUAAAUCAAGUUUUAAACUUAAAAGUUUAUUAAAAUAUAGGAACGUUAUCUUAUCGAUUAAUCAACGCAACAAAAUGCCAGGAUAUAAAUGGGUUCCUUAUCAUCACGGUGUAAGAUGUUACUGGCAACCAAAUAUGAUUACAAUUGGUAGAGAUUUAGAUGGUAUGAAUCUUGUAGUUGGUCGUGCAAGACACCAUGGCGAUGUUUUACCAGCUAAAGUUAAACCAGAUCACAGUGUUGCUUAUGUCUCUUACGAUGGGGGUGAACAUAUGAAACACGAAUAUGAGAUUCUAACAACAGCAGAAUUCAAAUGGAUCCCUUCGAGUCAUGGACAUGUACCCGAACAUGCUGUUGAAGCUGGUAGAACAGUCGAUGGUGAAGUUUUAUUCGUUGGUCGUACCUAUCACAAUGGUGUUCCUUGCGUUGGCAAAGUACAAAGAAGUCAUGGGGUUUUGUAUAUACCUUAUAACGGACAGGAAAUUCCUUACAGACAAUACGAGGUCCUCGUUCAAAAUUGAUUAUUACGUUUAUUUUUCAUUGCUUUAAAUUUAUUGAAUUUAUCGUAAUGGAAAACUCAUGGGGUGAGAAGAUGGUUGUUCUUUUUGCAAUAUAUUUAUAUAUAUAUAUACAUUGAGACGAUCUUCUGCGUUAUCUGCUUUUGACAAAGAACUUCUAACGACGUGCUUAGUAUGCGGAUAAAAGUCAUUUAUCAUCCCCGUUUCUCAUCGGCUGAAAACGAUCUCUGUGUUUCGUUUGUGGGGUUCAUUCCUUGAUCGAGAAUACGAGGAUGACUAUUAAAUUCGCUUCCAUGUUGAAUCGUGUACUUCGAAACUGUUGUUAAAUCUUCCAUUAAAUUAUUCGUUAAAAAAAGGUACACGGAUCAUUUAAAAAACAAAAAAAGUAUUUUGUUUUAACACACUAUCGGCGAGUCGGGUAUUUCUACUUGUUCCACAGACUGGCGCUGGUCAGCGGGUCGCGUAUUAAUACGUUUUAUGCAAAACACAAGCUAAGUUUCAGUAAAACACUUACUAAUGCUUUACUGUGCUAUUUUGACAUUGCAAGUUUCGUGCUUUACAAAGAGUAGCAUGAAAUUCAGUUUGAUUGAUUUUGAUUGCAUUGAUUUUAAGUUUUCUACAUUUUUGAAAUACUAUUUGAUAGCUAUUUUUGAAAUUUCAUUGAAAUCCUACUAUUAGGUGUGAAGAUAUAACAUGUUUUUCUAAAAAAAAAAUGCACUGCUUUCAUAUUUCGUUCAUUUUCGCGUGAGUCAAGCUCAUGACGUU